GCUCGUUCACGAUCGACACAUCUCUAGACGGAAGUGAUGUGUACUAGUCAACAUUAGUUUGAGGGUAUCUGUGUUUGCAGCGUUCUUUAUACGUUAAUUAAACGUUUUAUUUCGGGCUCCAGUUAUAUUGUUCUCAAAGCUCCGUGACCGUCAGGAUGACCGCCGCCUCCGCGCCCCGCGCUGCCGGCGGGCAGUGAUGCUGCUCGGUGUGCUCAGAGCAGCGCGCAGGACCGUGUGCGACAUGCCGAAGGGAAAGUUCUUCUACGCGGUGAAGAAAGGCUUCAAGCCGGGAGUGUACACCUCAUGGGAUGAAUGUAAAAGCCAAGUGGUCAAGUUUCCAUCAGCCACUUACAAGAAGUUUGCGUCAGAGAGAGACGCCUGGGCGUUCAUCAGAGGAGUCGAAGCUGCACCUCCCGAGGUGAAGAAAGUGUCUCAGAUCGUCGAGUCAUCCGUCGAUCUGCUUCCCAAAAGAGGCCCGGAGCCUCUGCAGUACAUCCCGCUUGGUAAGAAGAGAUGUCACUCGGAGGAGGAGACGGAGACGAAGCCCAAACGAGUCAAGCAGUCAGAAAGUUCGUCUUCAGAAAGCUCCGAUGGAUUCACGUACAUGGGUGAUUCUGUGGUCGUUUACACCGACGGUUGCUGCUCGGCCAACGGACGACUUGGCGCCCGAGCCGGCAUCGGGGUUUACUGGGGCCACAACCACCCACUAAAUGUUGCAGAGCGGCUGCAGGGAAGACAAACCAACCAACGUGCAGAAAUCCAGGCAGCCUGCAAAGCGCUGGAACAAGCCAAAGAGAAUAACAUAAAGAAGCUGGUCCUCUACACGGACAGCAAGUUCACCAUCAACGGUGUGACCAGCUGGGUGAAGACCUGGAAGCUGAACGGCUGGAGGCUGAAAUCUGGAGGUCCGAUCAUCAACAAGGAAGACUUUGUGAAGCUGGACGGGCUGAACGCACAGGUGGAGGUGGCCUGGUUGCAUAUUCCAGGACACGCCGGCUACCGAGGCAACGAGGAGGCCGACAGACUGUCGAGAGAAGGAGCGGCGAAGCCUUUAUAGCAGCCGAGACGACGACGACGAUGAUGAUGAUGGUGAACGAGAUGUGCUGCAGGACCGCUGAUGUGCUGUAUGCUGCUUUUCUUUCAGCAUGAAACUGAAACUUCAAGGACAGUCUGUGUGUCUGUUUUCUGUUCAAUGUUCAUUUUUUUUAAAUUUGUUUCUGCUGUAAAUAAAGUUU